AUGCUGGGGACCCUCUGCUCUCUAAUCACAGCUCUAACAUGUGUGAGUGGUGUGACAGUGGUGACACAGAAGCCUUCAGUUCUGACGGUGAGGAAAGGAGAGACAGCCACCAUGGACUGUAACCUGGGGACUGUUACUGACAGUGGCCCUCGUUGGUACAGACAGAUCCCAGGAGGAGUUCCUCUCUAUAUGCUGAGGUUUUAUCAUGGCUGGAGUUCACCCAGAUAUGACACUGGGUUCCCUUCUGCAAGACACACUUCCACUCAUCAAUCAACAUCAGAUUAUCGUUUGAUUAUCAGCAAUGUUGAAAAAGGAGACGCUGCAGUUUAUUACUGUAGCACAUGGGAUGACUCUGCUGAAGAGGUGGUAUUCGGCCAAGGAACCAAGCUGAUUGUAACAGACUCCAGUCUCCCUCCUCCUGUCCUGACUGUCUUCCCUCCAUCCAGUGCUGAGCUGCAGACCAACAAAGCCACUCUGCUCUGUCUGUCCAGUCAGUCUGGGCCUUUUGCAGAUGUGAGCUGGUUGGUUGGUGGGAGUCCAGUGACCAGUGGGAUCUCUACCAGCACUGCUGUUCAGAGACCAGACCAGACUUUCCACAUCAGCAGUUCUCUGUCCAUCCGGACAUCAGACUGGAACAUGAAUAAGGUUUAUACCUGUAAAGUGUCUUUGGGCUCCCAGACUGCAGAGAAAACAAUCAACAAGUCAGGAUGUCCUGCUGAAGAACAGUAG